AGAAGAAAUCGACCAAGCAAGAGGGUUGAGGGAAAACAAGAAACAAACAGAGAACAGAGAAGGUGAAGAAACAAAACCAGGAACAAAUAUCAAAUGGCAAGAACUGAAAGAAAGAUGGAUAGAG